AUCUUUCCGCUUGCCUAUAAAUGGAUAUAGUCAAGAGUUCGAUAUUAUCAGAGUGACAAUGACAAACUUCAAAAACAACGAUGGAGAUGAAACAAAGCUCCACGUGGUAAUGUUUCCAUGGUUAGCCUUUGGUCAUAUGGUUCCAUAUUUGGAGCUCUCUAAGCUCAUAGCUCAAAAGGGUCACACUGUUUCUUUCAUCUCCACUCCACGUAACAUCGAUCGUCUCCUCCCACGGUUGCCGGAAAAUCUCUCCUCCGUCAUUAACUUCGUCAAGCUCCCACUUCCCGUCGGCGACAAUAAACUCCCGGAAGACGGUGAAGCUACCACCGACGUGCCUUUCGAACUAAUACCUUACUUAAAAAUCGCUUUCGACGGGUUAAAAGUUCCGGUGACGGAGUUUCUUGAAUCUUCGAAACCCGAUUGGGUUCUUCAAGAUUUCGCGGCGUUUUGGCUUCCUCCAAUCUCUCGUCGUCUCGGAAUCAAAACCGGAUUCUUUAGCGCUUUUAAUGGCGCGACUCUCGGGAUUCUUAAACCGCCGGGGUUCGAAGAGUACCGUACUUCUCCGGCGGAUUUUAUGAAGCCGCCUAAGUGGGUUCCGUUCGAAACUCCGGUAGCUUUCAAGUUAUUCGAAUGCCGGUACAUUUUCAAAGGAUUCAUGGCGGAAACCACCGAAGGGAAUAUUCCCGACAUCCACCGUGUCGGCGGCGUAAUUGACGGCUGUGACGUCAUCUUCGUACGAAGCUGUUACGAGUAUGAAGCAGAGUGGUUAGGACUUAUGCAAGAUCUUCACCGGAGACCGGUUAUACCGGUGGGAGUUUUACCUCCAAAACCGGAAGAAAAGUUUGAAGAUACCGACACGUGGCUGACCGUUAAAAAGUGGUUGGACUCACGGAAAAGUAAAACUCGGCGUGGUCCGUGGGAUACCGAACCGGUUGAGCUUCCGGAAGGAUUCGAGGAGCGUACAGCGGAUAGAGGUAUGGUGUGGAGAGGUUGGGUUGAGCAAUUGAGAACAUUGAGCCAUGACUCGAUCGGUUUGGUUCUAACUCAUCCCGGUUGGGGAACAAUAAUUGAAGCUAUCCGGUUUGCUAAACCGAUGGUAAUGCUGGUUUUUGUGUACGACCAAGGUUUGAAUGCUAGAGUAAUCGAAGAGAAGAAAAUUGGUUAUAUGAUCCCUCGGGAUGAGACAGAAGGUUUCUUUACUAAAGAAAGUGUUGCGAAAUCGCUAAGAUUGGUAAUGGAGGAAGACGAAGGAGAGGUUUAUAGAGAGAAUGUGAAGGAGAUGAAAGGAGUCUUUGGAGACAUGGAUAGACAAGAUCGUUAUGUGGAUUCAUUCUUGGAUUAUCUCGUUGCUCAUCGUUAACUUUGAGCAUGGAGUCUUGAUCCAAUGGCGGGUUAAUUGAAUGAACUUGUGAUACUUAU